AUGGCUGCAAACGCUCGUUACGAGCCCGCUCCUCAGCGGGAUUCCUUCGAGGAUGGACCAUACACGCAGGCACCCCCAUCCUACCAGGCUACAGCGACUCAACCGGAGCCACGCUCUGAAGAUGACAACUUGCCGGAUGAUUUUAAGUUCGGCGGUACGGUCGCGGAGGGAACCAUCGACAUUCGAAUGCAGUUUGUUCGCAAAGUCUAUGCGAUCUUGACCGCUCAAAUUCUCCUCACGACUAUUCUCAGCUCCAUCUCCUUUUUCAACGCGACAUAUCGGACCUGGAUCCAGGGAAAUUUCUGGCUUAUGAUCAUUUCUAUCUUUGGAGCACUGGGCUUCAUGCUUGCAACGUACUGGAAGCGCAAGUCUUACCCGACAAACUUGCUCUUCCUCUCCGGCUUCACUUUGAUGGAGGCAUACUCCAUUAGCGUGGUGACAUCCUUCUACGAAUCACGAAUCGUUGUGCAAGCCCUGGUUUUGACUUUGGGCAUCUUCGUUGCACUCACGCUUUUCGCAUGCCAGACCAAGUAUGACUUUACCAGCUGGAUCCCCUAUCUCUUCGGUGCUCUCUGGUUCAUGAUUCUUUUCGGGGUCGUGGCCAUGUUUAUGCCAUUCGGCAGCACCGCGGAGUUGAUCUACGGCGGUCUUGGGGCCCUUAUUUUCUCGGGCUAUAUUUUGGUGGACACCCAGCUGGUUAUGCGCCACUACCACGUUGAGGAGGAGAUCGCUGCCGCCAUCGCGCUGUAUCUGGACAUUCUGAACCUGUUCCUGUCGAUUCUGCGUAUUCUGAACAGCCAGAACAACAACUAA